AUGGAAGCGGAGAAAUGGAGAAACUAUGACGAGGGAGAGGAAUAUCCAUCGUGUUAUCGGGAGUAUCAACUAGCGCGUGUGGCGCCGCAGGGCGGCGGCGGGAUUCUCAUUAUUCUCGUGUGGGCGUGGAUCAUCGGCGGCGGCGGCGGCGGCGUGUUGGCGGACACGGACCCGGGGGAUUUGGCGGCGAUGCGGGAGCUGGCGGCGGCCCUGGGCGCGGACCGCGCGCUGGGCUGGGGCGGCAGCUCGAACCCCGACCCCUGCACCCCGGCCGGCAGCUGGCCCGGCGUGUCCUGCUCGCCCGACGGCCGCGUCGUCGCCAUCCAGGCCGGCAACCGCUCCCUCUCCGGCUCCCUCCCCCCGGCCGUCCGCAACCUCUCCUCCCUCACCCGCCUCGAGCUCCACUCCAACCUCCUCUCCGGGCCCCUCCCCUCCCUCUCCCCGCCCGCUCUCUCCUCCCUCCAAGUCCUCCUCCUCCACUCCAACCGCUUCUCCUCCCUCCCCCCCGACUUCUUCUCCGGCCUCUCCUCCCUCUCCGCCGUCUCCCUCGACAACAACCCCUUCUCCGCCUGGCAGCUCCCCGCCUCCCUCCGCGACGCCGCCGCCCUCGUCAACUUCUCCGCCAACUCCGCCAACCUCUCCGGCCCCCUCCCCUCCUUCCUCGCCUCCGCAUUCCCCUCCCUCUCCCACCUCGCCCUCGCCUUCAACUCCCUCUCCGGCCCCGUCCCCUCCUCCUUCGCCUCCGCCUCCGCCUCCGCCCCGUUCCGCUCCCUCUGGCUCAACAACCAGCUCGGCCCCUCCCGCCUCUCCGGCCCCGUCUCCUUCCUCGCCAACCUCUCCUCCCUCCAGCAGCUCUGGCUCCACUCCAACGACUUCUCCGGCCCCCUCCCCGACGACCUCUCCGCCCUCGCCGACCUCCGCGACCUCCAACUCCGCGACAACCGCCUCACCGGCAUUGUCCCGAGCGCCUUGACCGCGCUCCCCUCGCUCGCCAAGCUCACCCUCACCAACAACCUCCUCCAGGGCCCCGUCCCCGUCUUCCCCCCCACCGUCGCCGACCUCGACCUCGUCGUCUCCAGCGAGAGCUUCUGCCGCGACGCCCCCGGCGACUGCGACCCCCGCGUGGACCUCCUGCUGUCCGUCGCCCGGUCGUUCGGGUACCCGGUGCGCUUCGCGCAGAAUUGGAAGGGCAACGACCCGUGCGCCGGGAACUGGAUUGGCGUCAGCUGCGACGCCGCGGGGAACGUCACGGUGAUCAGCUUCCAGCGGAUGGGGCUCUCCGGGACGAUAUCGCCGGAUUUCGCCAAGUUCCCCUCGCUGCAGCGGCUGCUUCUGUCGAACAACAACAUCUCCGGGACCAUCCCCGCGGAGCUCGCGAAUUCGCCGGCGCUCAAGGAAUUGGACGUGGCCAAUAACUCGCUCUGGGGGCCGGUGCCCGCGUUUCGCAAGAACGUGCUGGUGAACACCGCGGGGAAUCCGAAUAUCGGAGAGGACGGCCCCGCUCCGGGGGCGGGGAAUUCGAGCUCCGGAGCUGGCUCUAACGACGGCGGCGGCGGCGGCGGCAAUGGGUCGAACACGUCGGGCUCACCGGGCAGUGGUGAUGGUGUCGAUAGCCGGAGGCCAUCGUCUUCUUCGGUGGGGGUCAUCGUUGGUUCGGUAGUCGCGGCGGUUGCGGCCCUUAGCUUGGCCGGUGUGCUGGGGUUCUGCUACUACAAGCGAAAGGAGCAGCGGUUCAGCAGGGUGCAGAGCCCGAACACGACGGUGAUCCACCCGCGCCACUCAGGGUCCGAUCCCGAUGUCGUCAAGAUCACCGUGGCCGCCCCCAAUGGCGGGGCGGGGCCGGCGAGCGACACCCACAGCCGCACGAGCAGCAGCGGUCCGAGCGACGUCCACGUUGUCGAGGCAGGGAACAUGGUCAUCUCCAUUCAAGUGCUCCGGAACGUGACGAACAACUUCAGCGAGGAGAACAUCUUGGGCCGCGGCGGAUUCGGAACCGUCUACAAGGGCGAGCUCCACGACGGAACCAAGAUCGCCGUCAAGAGAAUGGAGGCGGCCGGCGCGAUGGGCACCAAGGGCUUGAACGAGUUCAAGUCGGAGAUCGCGGUUCUAACCAAAGUCCGGCACCGUAACUUGGUCUCUCUUCUCGGGUAUUGCUUGGACGGCAACGAGAGGCUCUUGGUCUACGAGUACAUGCCGCAGGGGACGCUGAGCCGCCACCUGUUUGAUUGGAAGGAGGAAGGGCUGAAGCCGUUGGAGUGGAAGAAGCGAUUGAGCAUCGCGUUGGACGUGGCGAGAGGCGUGGAGUAUCUUCAUAGUUUGGCGCAUCAGAGCUUCAUCCACAGGGAUCUGAAGCCGUCGAAUAUACUACUCGGAGAUGAUAUGAAGGCCAAGGUCGCCGAUUUCGGGCUGGUCCGGCUCGCUCCUGCUGAUGGGAAGUGCUGUUCUGUUGAGACCAGGCUGGCCGGGACUUUCGGGUAUCUCGCGCCAGAGUAUGCAGUUACUGGCCGGGUGACGACGAAAGCCGAUGUGUUCAGCUUCGGCGUGAUUCUAAUGGAGCUAAUCACCGGCCGAAAGGCGUUGGACGAGACGCAACCGGAGGAGAGCGUCCACCUGGUCACCUGGUUCCGCCGAAUGCAGCUCAACAAGGACACCUUCCGCAAGGCCAUCGACCCCACCAUCGACGUCUCCGACGGGGAGACCCUCGCGAGCGUCAGCACGGUGGCCGAGCUGGCGGGCCACUGCUGCGCGCGCGAGCCGCACCAGCGGCCCGACAUGGGCCACGCGGUCAACGUGCUCUCGACCCUCGCGGAGCUGUGGAAACCGUCCGACCCCGACUCCGACCAGGACAGCUACGGCAUCGACCUAGACAUGACGCUCCCGCAGGCGCUCAAGAAGUGGCAGGCAUUCGAGAACGGCGGCACCAGCAGCUACAUCGACGGCGCCACAUCGUCGUCGUCGUUCCUCGCCAGCCUGGACAACACGCAGACGAGCAUACCGACACGGCCGCCGGGGUUCGCCGACUCGUUUACGUCGGCGGAUGGGAGGUAGUCUAAGUGAAAAAAAGAAGAAAAAGAGAGAGAGAAUGGAAUGUACUAUUUAUGGGUUGUUGAGUGAGGUUUUGUUCAUUCCCUCUAGAUGCUCCUCUUGGUUUGGUUUUGGUUGUUGUUGUUGUUGUUGUUGUUGUUGGUUUUUUUUUCCUUUUCCUUUUUCUUUUUCUCUCUCUUUUUAUUAUUUUCUUUUUAACUUCUUUAUGUAUGUUGUAUGAUGAUCUUAGUUAAGCCACUUGAUCUUCUCUAUGUUUUAA